AGACGGAAUUAAGAACAUUCGCAUCAGAGCAUAAAAUGUGUUCGCUCUUUUAUGUGCACGCUGCAUGGAGUGAGACGAUUGGUGUUUUCCCUUGAUAUUAUUUUAGAAUUUUGUUUCAGGAUCAUUACACGUUAGCCGUGAUGCAUAUAGGAUCGCCUUCUUGCGGUAUGAACGCAGCUGUGCGUUCCUUCGUAAGAAAUUGUAUAUAUCGGGGAGACAAGGUUUACGGUAUUUGCGAUGGAAUAUUGGGUCUGAUGGCCGGAAAAUUCAAACCAAUGGAUUGGCCUUCCGUCACCGGGUGGGUAGCACAGGGUGGUGCUUAUUUAGGAACAAAGCGGGCUCCACCUACGGAAGAGCAGUUGCCGCAAAUUGCCCAGAAGCUCAAGGAGUAUGGAAUUCAAGCGUUGCUUAUUAUCGGAGGAUUCGAGGGUUAUCAAACGGGACUUACGCUAUCCAACGCAAGGGAUAAAUACGAAGAGUUUCAAAUUCCUAUCGCCAUGAUACCCGCGACUAUCAGCAACAACGUACCGGGAACCGAAUUUUCGCUAGGCUGUGAUACCGCUCUAAAUGAAAUUACAGAGAUCUGCGAUCGAAUUCGUCAGUCGGCACAGGGUACGAAACGUCGAGUAUUUAUCAUCGAAACUAUGGGCGGAUACUGCGGUUAUCUGGCGACCGUCGCUGGAUUAGCCGGCGGAGCCGACGCGGCGUACAUAUUCGAGGAGAAGUUUAACAUCAAAGAUUUGAAUCAGGAUGUGAUCGCGAUGGCUGCGAAGAUGUCCGAAGGCGUACAGAGAGGUCUCAUUCUGAGGAACGAGAACGCCAAUUUGAACUAUAGCACCGAUUUUAUGCAAAGACUGUUCAGCGAGGAGGGCAAGGGUCUGUUCAGUUGCAGGAUGAAUAUCAUCGGUCAUAUGCAGCAAGGCGGUUCGCCAACUCCGUUCGACCGCAACUUGGGCACGAAGAUGGGCUCGAAAGCGGUCGAAUGGUUCAGCAAUCAGUUGAAGAAGCACACCAACGCCGAAGGGAGAACGUUGACCAUGGAUGCCGAUACCGCAGUUAUGAUUGGUAUAGUUCGGAGACAGUACAGAUUCACACCGUUCACCGAACUUCUCGAAGUCACCGACUUUGUGCAUCGCAUUCCGACGUAUCAGUGGUGGAUGAAGUUACGGCCGUUACUGAAAGUGUUGGCGAAACACGAGUCCACCUACGAGGAGGAGGGACUUUACAUAACCGUCGAAGAGAUGGAUCUCGAGAACGAUCCGCCCCUCGUCUAAAACUGCGAUUCACGCGUCACAAUAUACACAGUAUAAGGUAAUGUUCCCUAAUAAAGUGUACAGUGUUGUUGUUAAUCAUGGAAAGUAGAUUUUGUUGAAAAGUAUUACAGUAUUGUAUGGCAUUACGAUAAUCGAGUUCCGUUGUUAUCUUCGAGACGACACGGUCGAGUUGUAGAUAGAAAAUCGUAGAACACACGAGACAUUCUUCGGGUCUUAGUAUAAGUUUGCCUAUUAUAUCGACGACUGGUAAAUCGCUGUAUACGCGUGCACCCUGUCGUUUGUACUAUUUAAUCGCGAGGCGCGCUACGAACAUUGAAUGUGAAUUAUCCAAAUAAACGACAAAUUAUUGCACACUAUUGCCAUGAACAAGAAUACAGAUUAAUAUUUUUUCUGGAAAUAUCGAAUUUACGUAUUUUAAACGCGGUUUAAGCUCAGGUGAGAAAUAUCAGGUACAAAACGAGUACCUGAGACGUGCGAAGGUAAGCUAUUAUCAUACCUGAAUAGUAUAAGGGAAGAGAAGAGAGAAUAUAUCUAUAAUGUUCAGAGAUGACAAUGACAAAUGAAAUUGUUAUAGCAGCGUUGUUUUCGAACCGAAACGGAUGGAAGUAAAGACGAAUUCGAGCAAUACGCAACAAGCGAAGAUCUCUCCGUGUACGAUGCUUCGAAUCGAAUACAACUCGCGGAUCUAGAGUGCUCGUCGAACCUUGCGAGUGUUACGGAUCUCGCGAGAAGCGCUUAGCGUGCCGUACUGUGCGUUACCCUUUACUUUACUUUCACUUUCAAAGACAUACAUAUCUAGCAGUUACUUUCUUUGCGUAACGUCGGCCGGAGUUGGUUAGAAUAGGAAGACAUUAUUCUGAUUGAUUCGGAGUUUGAAUUAGAAGACGAAUCGCGCAGAGUCGGGUACACCACUGUCGAUGAAUCGUUAGUUCGCGGAUAAAUGUACUAGGCUAUAUUCGUGGUCUACUAAGGAUAUAAAAUUAAACGUAACGUGGCAUUUUGCUUUGACGAAAACAUUAUCCUUUAGUUUAGCUUUACCGAUAGCUAUGAAAAGCUAUUAAGAAGAAUAUACUUGUCUACCUCGAAAACAUAAUUUGCAACGUCGGACGACGAACAGGGGGGAGGGUAUGCCCGGAAACCCGAGUCGUUCUGGUUGCGUGUAACGUUAAAACAUUUUGCUAACAUUUAAGGCUUGUGACCACCGGAGUAUUUAGAUUUAAUUCGUGUUACAUCACCGUACGCGUACAUUUCCCGUCUAUUUAUCCGAACGAGUCGUCGUAUAGAUGCUAAAAGCUCGUCCCGAUUUUCCGUCGAGUAGAUUUAUUAUUCCCGCCGAACUUCUGGAACAGGACGGAUCGAUUUACAUUCUAUUGACGAGCUCGUCGACUUUCGGAGACGCGUUUUUCCUACCGAUCGCGAUUGUCCAAGAUCGUAACAAUUUCAUUGUACGCUAAUACGACACAGUGGCAGAGGACAGAGACGGAAUCAUUUAGAGUAUUGUACAGACAAUAGCUGUUGUCGAGAAAGAAACGUUCCGGAUGGACAACCACUGUAGAGCAGAGUGUCUCGCGAAGACACCCUCCGCGACAGGAACAGGAAAAUUAUCAUUUGAAACGUCUCCUCUUUGCACAGUCGACUCUGGAAACUAGAAACUUGUUUUGGCCUAAUUAUACGACGAUUGCAACUGGUAUUCUACUAACCGAUAGAUUACUAAAAAUAUAAUGUUGAAAGAAUAUAUAUAUAUACAUGUAUGUAUAUAUAUCUGAGAGUGUAUAUAUCUAAGAGUGUAUACGUAUAUAUAUAUAUAUUAUUUUUACGAUUAAAGAUAUAUAUUUUCGACUCAUUGUUGAUCAAUGAAUUUACAGUUUAUCAAUGACAUAAUGCAUAUAGCGUACGGGUGUGUUAUUUUACUCCAGACAUCAAAUUGUUGAACAUGUAUUUUCACUUUACCGUCGCAUAACUAUAUUGACUGUAGUUAUAUUAAUUCAUCGAUAGUUCAAACUUCGCGCCAAGUAUUUGUCGUAAUUGCACAAUUUCAGAAACAAGCGCGUAAUUACCAUGUAUAAGUACUUAUAUCGUGAUCACUAAAAAUGUACCUAAUGCUCUCAAUAAAAUA